CAAAGGUCCAUCUCCUCCGAUAGCAUCUCUUUCUCUCUCUCUCUCUCUCUCUCUCUCUCUGUUUCUCUGAGCUUGCAUCGCUAGCAUGGCAAUGCGGUGCAUCUUCAUCGCUUUCUUGCUUUUAUCUCUUCAUCUCCGAUCAACUCUAGCGGCCGCUUCUCCGGCUUCCUCCAACAAAAUUUCUGCUUUAUCACCAGUUUCUGUGCAGGGCAUGGAUGUCACCACUGGAAUAAUCCAGGCAAAUCCAAGGAAAUUGGCAGGGGGAGGGGGAGGGAGAGGUGGAGGCGGGGGCGGAGGCAGAGGAGGAGGCGGAGGGAGGAGUGGCGGAGGGCGUGUCGUUCCCGGCACCGGAGCAUAUGGCAAGAGUUCUGCAUCUCCAAUGAAUCACUGCUUGGGGAUGACGACGCUCACAGUGUUGGCAACCAGCUUGAUGAUUAUCCUUCCAUUUAGGCCUUAUGAUUUGUGAUAUGUACAGGGACCGGUGCCAGUUCAUGGUUCCAUUGAAAUGUUCGCCAUCUGAAUUUGAAACGUUCUACAUGUGGUACAGUACCUUUUAGUGGAAUUCGUCAAUUCUUUCGCAUAUCUUUUCUUCAAUCUCCAUGAUAUUGAACAUUGGAGAUUGUGUGUAAAGGUGGUAGGUGCCGUGGAUCACGGCAAUCCAAUCUUUGUGUUGAGUUGUAAGAUGAUUAAUUUUCAUAAAUAUUCUGCCGAAAAAAAUGUAGAAAGCGUGUAAGGAAACAAUUUGAAAAUAACAAGUUUAAUUUCAUUUAAAUAGUUAAA